UAUAAUUAAACUCGAAGAUGUCGUGUAUGAGCAAGUUUCGAGUAAUAAAAAUGAUCUAUAGAUAAGAAUUUUUUUACUAAUAAUUUAUGAAAAUUUAAUAUAUUGUACUAAUUAAAAUUAUUUUUAUCAAGAUGACAAACCAUUAAUUAUAUUCAUAUUCUAGAAAUAUAAUUCAAAAUAGAAGGAUACGACUUGUGGUAAAACAAGAUUUGUGGAGCAGGUUUCGUUUUUGCAGAUCCCAAUACCUAUUAACUGCAGUGCGCCAGCUCUAAGAAAACACAGGGAAAAUUGUCCUUCCUGUUUUGAGUCUCAGCUCCAACCCUCAUCAAUUUCUCCAAAAUCUGUGCAUAGGAGGUAUGGUUGGAAAAAAGAUGCAGAUUUAUGGCUAAGCAGUUCUCUAAUUGGAGAAAUGGAUGACAUUGGCCUACGCUAGUGGUUGGAGUGAGUCUUGCCCGUCCAACCUGUUAUUCCUUCAUGAUGUGGAGCUUUGCUUCUAAUGCUAUUGGGAGCACUGGCAUGAAGAAGAAUUCUGGACAGCCAAGUCGAGCUUCUUCUGACUUCUCAGAUGAGGAGAUCUCUUCGGAUAUUAGCAGGGAGGAAGGACUGGAAUGCCCAGUAUGCUGGGAAUCAUUUAACAUUGUUGAGAACGUGCCUUAUGUGUUAUGGUGUGGCCACACCCUCUGCCAGAAUUGCAUAUUAGGGCUUCAGUGUGCUGUCCUGAGAUUCCUAACUCAAGAAAUUAAGAUUCCAUUCAUCAUUUUAUGCCCAUGGUGCCACUUGAUGUCAUUUCGGCUAGUCUACAAGAGAAGUCUCAAGUUCCCCUGCAAGAAUUACUUCCUUCUUUGGAUGAUUGAGAGUUUGAAUGGUGACAGGGUUAGAUCUGGUUGCUCCUUUGGUGGUUACAAUCAUCGACUGGUUUGCUUCCCUAUAUGCAGUCUAUCUCUCACAAAUCAUUCUGGUACUGGCAUCAACAGCCAGGUUUCACAUAGUGAAUUGCCUGGCCAGCUGGGAUCGGAUAGAGAUAAUAUUAGCAGUAGCAAUGUAGAGGGACACCAUUUUUCACUUUAUAAGUCUUUUGAUUUCUUCAUUUAUUUCACAUCCAAGUUCCCCGUGGCGAUCAUACUUCUUCUGAUGUUGUUUUUUGCAAUACCCGGCAGUAUCUUCAUCCUAGUGCUCUACUUGCUAGUUACUGUUCUUUUGGCAAUCCCAUCUAUCCUGGUAUUGUACUUUGCAUUUCCUACUUUGGAUAAGCUGGUGAGAGAAAUAACAUCAUGAGGUUCUGCUUAUCACUUCGGUUCCUUGUUGAAACUAGUAAAUAAUUCAAGAAAUAUUUUUUU